AUGGAUGACAUUGCUGCUCUGCGCAGUCGCAGCUGUGACCCUUUGCAGGAGUGCAAGUACAGCGUGGUGAUUCAAGUAGUUGCCGUCUACGAUGAUCCUGCUUCCGUGAUCGUCCCACAGGAUAUCCAGACCAAUGGCUUUCCUUGCCUUGCUGGUUCACCAUCAUGCUCUCUUGGGGGUAUAUCCCUCUAUGAUCCUGACUGUGAGAUGGCCGUUGAUGGCUCCUGCUACCUGAAGUUGGAGCUCAAUGUCACUGCCGGCCAAUUGUCGGUUCCUGGGCAUCCCAGUGGCUGGCAGGAGGUUUUUCCUAGCAUGAUGGGUCAUGCGGCCGGUCUCAAUGCUGCCUUGGACCGGUUGGUAUUCUUCCCUCCGUCGCUUCCACCUGCGCAGGCUUCAGUUCAGGGUCUUGCAAACAGUGUUGAUAUGCAGCGGCUACGCAAUGUGGUUAGAGGUGGAUGUGCUGUGGGACAUGCGGAAAACUUGAUACACGAACAGAAGAAGAUGAGAGGUACCAUUGCCACGCCGCCCAGCCUGACUCCAGCCUCGAACUCCCUCGCCCUCGCAAUCAAGAUCCAGCCAGCAGACACACCUCCCACGGUGGGCCUGGUAACAGGUGAGCCUUUCCACGGAUCGCUGUUCGUUAUUGAAGGUGGGAAGCCGUUUCGAUUUACCAGUGGCUUGGCUUACAUCAUGUUCGAGCCGCCGGGUGCCAUCUCCACAACUUGUGUUGUCGAACUUCGGGUAUCCAGAGGCAAAGCACUGGGCAUCUUGUUCCUGGGCGACACCGAGGGCCUUUGGUUUGCUGACGGCACCAACAAUGGAGAGUCCCGACUCCGGUUUGUUGGCGCUAGCUCGGAUAUCCGAAAUCGGUUCUUGGCAGACGUGCGCCACCAGUCUGGAAUUUGCAUGUUUUGUAUCCUGGUCAUCCUCGAUGACAUUGCUGGGUGUUGUGACGACAAAUCUGACUUGACACCCUUUGGCUAUGCCUGGGACGAUAACGAUUGCUCGAAUCUAGAGCAGUUCAACAUCAGCGUAGACAGCGGUGUGCAUCAAGCUUUGACGGUGAUUGCCAUGCUGGUCUUGCCAAGCUGCCAAGGUUAUCAAGUGGAUUGGUUGGGUGGCGCGCUGACGGUCCAAGAAGACUCUGAGGUCUCAAUCGGGCAUUUGGUAGUCAGUACUAAAGAUAUGCACUUGUUCCUGGUCGUGGAAGUGAAGCACCCUCCGGGCAUACCAGGUGACUGCAAGGUUGUUCGUUGGCCAGAGGCAGUUAGCAGUUUCGUGCCUGGACGAGAGUGUCAUCUAGAUGGGCUCAUCACCGACCUGAAUGACACUCUGCAGCACCUUGUCUACAAGCCCCCGCCGGACUUCGUGGGGCAUGUGCAACUGCAACUCAUCAUAUAUCGGGCGGAGGUGCAGGAUGAGAUCCUGGGAGUGCACAGUUCCCGCGGGUCUCCGAUCAUAAUCCCCGUUGAUGUCGAGGUAACGGGGGUGAAUGAUCCGCCGACGUUGGAAGUCUAUUUGGACUCCUACACUUUUGACGAGGACACAGAGGAUUACAUGCCUCUAAGCCCACUGUUUGUGGGUGACUCUGACGCGGGUCAACACCUUCUCAGCUUCAAGUUUGAGCUGGUCUCUGGGCACGAGUGGAACAGGCUAAUGAUGUGUGCCCUGGCCACGUGA